AUGGCGCCUCCUAAACAGAAGGGACAGAAGAUGUCCAUGAGCAGCUUCUUGGCUGACGAGAGCCUUGGCUCUUGGGCUGAUGAGAUGGAGGAUAUGCCCCUCCCAUCCGUCCCCUCUUCGUCUUCUUUCGGCGGCAGCCGCCCCACCGGUGGGAUGGGCUUCGGCAACAACAGUUACGGCUCUGCUCCUUUCGAGCGUGAGACCCGUGGAGGAUAUGCCGUUCGCGAGCCGCUCGCCUUGCCUUCUGAACCCCCGUUCACAGCCCAUGUUGGCAAUCUCUCAUUCGAAGCCACUGCCGACGAUAUCUCCGAUCUUUUCGCUGGGUGUAGUGUGACCAAUGUUCGCAUUGUUGAGGACAAGUUGACCCAUGCUCCUAAGGGUUUCGGCUACGUGGAGUUUGAGACUGUUGAUGGUCUCCAGAAGGCUUUGGAUCUCUCUGGCACUACCCUGCAGGGCCGUACUAUCCGUACCAGCGUUGCUGAGCCUCCCAAGGAAUCCCGCCUAGAGGGCCGCGACCUUGACUGGACUCGCCGUGGACCUCUUCCUGGUCCUCCCGAGCGCCGCAUUCCUGAGCGCUCUAGCUUUGGCCGCAACAUGGAUGCCGCUUCCGAUGCUGGUAGCGACCGUGGUGGCGCCCGUCGCAGCAACUUCGAAUCGGAUGGAAAGAUUCGUGAUUUCAACAACUGGGAGCGUAAGGGUCCUCUUGCGGCCUCCAGUGGCCCAGGCCGCGACCCGGCUCGCGACCCAGCCCGUGAUUCAGCCCGUGACCCAGCCCGUGACCCACCCCGUGAGGGUGGUCGCCCUCGCAGCAACGAAGGAGGACCUGGUUUCCGUAGAAACUCUCCAGCCUGGGGAGAGGGCCGUUCACAGGACGAGGGAUCACGCCCCCCAGCACCUCGCCCCGAGCGUGCUCCCACCGCCGCCGAUAUGGAUAACCAGUGGCGCACGAAGAUGCGCCCCGAUCAGCCAGCCAAGGAGCCUAGCACUCCCACCUCACCUACUGCUCCCGCUGCCCGCCCCAAAUUGAAUUUGGCGAAGCGUACCGUCUCUGACGCCGUCAGCACCAGCGCCAACGCUGGUGGUGACUCCAAGGCCAGCCCCUUCGGUGCGGCUCGCCCUAUUGAUACUGCCGCCCGUGAGCGUGAAGUCGAAGAGAAGCACCAGCUUGCUAUUCGCCAAAAGAAGGAGAGUGAUGACAAGGCCAAGGCCGAGAAGCUAGAGAAGCAAAAGCAACCCAAGGAAGAGGGCAAGGAGCGUGUCCCCGGCACUGACUCCAACAAGGAUAGCUUGGAACCCCCCCGUGGCGGUGGUAACUUUGAGAUCCUCCAGCGUGCUGGUGAGGAUGAGAGUGGCGAGGGCGCCGAACAGGAGUCAAAUGAGACCCCUGCUUCCGCCCCCGAGGCCACCGAAGCCAAAGAGUCCACUGCGAACGGCAAGUGGAGGGCCGAAGAGAAGGUUGAAGAUGACGGCUGGAGCACUGUCAGCACCAACAAGCGCAGCAACCGUCGCGGUGGUGGUCGUGGAUUUUGA